AGAAUGUCGAAAGUGCAAUCAGCUAAUAAAAAAAGAUUACCAAAUUUCUCAAAUUUAGAAAAAAUAAAACUAAUCGAAUUAAUAGAGCAGGAAAAAAAUAUUAUUGAAAAUAAAAAGACUGACAACGUAAGUACAAAAGACAAAGAGAAUUGUUGGAUAAACAUCACAAAGAAAUUCAACAGCGAUUGUAUCUCAGGACAUCGAGAUAUGAGUUGUCUGAAGAACUGUUGGGAUAACUUGAAGAAAAAAACUCGUAAACAUUAUGCUGAAAUUCGUAGUGAACUUUUCAAAACAGGUGGUGGAAAGAUGAAUAUUAUCGAAGACCCUAUUGCUGAAAUGGUCAAAAAUAUUAUUCAGCCAUCGGUUGAAGGUUUACAAAAUAGAUUUGACAGCGAUUACAUGCCAGACACAGAUGAUCCACAGUGCAGCAAAGAGUUGGAAAAUGAUGAUUUUUAUCAAGUUGAGGUAU